UAUGAAUAGUUAAGUAUAAAUUUUUGAGAUUGGAGAAUAUAAUAAUGACUGUAGAAUUGGAAGGUGGAAUUAUAUUUAUAAAGAUGUGAAGAUGAAUUUAUUUUUUAAAUUGUUUAGUGGCGGUGGGUAUUACAACAAAAAUGGUGAAAAGUAAGGCAAAUGGAUUUAGCUUGAUGAAGGGUUUUAUUAUGGAAAAUAAGUCACUAAUUAAGGUGAAUAUAAUAUGAAUGGAAUGAAGGUAGGUAGAUGGGAUAUUAUUUAUUAUAAUGGCGAUGACAAGGAAUAUAAAUAAAUGUAAAUAUAAUAUAAGUUUAAAGGGAAAUGCAUAUAAAUAAAUAGUGGAAGUGGAUCGUACAAUCAAAUAGGAAAUGGGAAAAAGAUUGGAAAGUGGGUAGAAUUGUUUGA